ACUAUUGAGGGCGCACUUUUUGUAAUCCCAGAUCCCGCGCGUACACACGUACACACGGACCAUAUUUUGACAUGUGCUUGCGUCAAUGUUGUUUUGCUGAUGUGUAAACAACUAAGAAUUCUUCCAGCAUGGAAUAUCAAGCAGUCAUAAUGGCUGGAGGUCGUGGAUCUCGUAUGCCUGAUCUAACAGCCAGCGUUCCUAAGGCAUUACUCCCCGUUGGCAAUAGACCAUUGGUCUGGUACCCUGUCAAUAUGCUAGACAAAGCUGGAUUUGAGAGUGUGAUCAUUGUCACCUUUGACUCGGUGAAGCGUGACUUGGUUCAAGCCCUUCAGUCAUCAGCUGGGGAAUUACUCAUUCGUCUGGAAGUGGUGACAAUUCCUAGUGAUGAAGACUGGGGCACUGCAGAAUCACUCCGAUUUAUACGAGAUAAAAUCAAGACUGAUGUACUUGUCAUCAGUUGCGAUCUGAUCACAGACAUAGAGCUACAUCUACUAGCAGAUGUGCACAGGACAUACGAUGCAUCAGUGACAGUAUUAAUGCACACCCUGCCAGACCAAUCCACUGAAGGAGGGAUAUAUGUCCCUGGCUCCAAGUCCAAGAGGAAGAUAGAGCAGCGAGAUAUCAUUGGUCUGGAUGAGAAGGGAGGCAGGAUUCUACUUCUUGCAGCUCAGGCUGAUAUAGAAGAAGAUCUCACUCUCAGGAAGUCAGUUUUUAAGAGGUAUCCAUUCAUUCAAGUGAAGACCCGACUCAUGGACGCCCAUAUGUACAUCCUCAAGAAAUGGGUCUUGGAUUUCUUGGCAGACAACAAAGUUGGCAGGACGUACUCGACUAUCAAGGGAGAGUUGAUACCAUACUUGGUUAGGAAACAAUUUUCAAGGCCUAAGACUGGUCAACUUGUCCCUCAGCCCAACUCCAUGGAGCCAGAAGGUGCACAGCAAGACAAGGAUAUUGCAAGCUACGGCGGUUUGGAUGAAUUAACCAAGACUGCUCGGACAAUGUCAUCGUGGAAUGAGCACAUGGGAGAUAUGUCUGACUACUACCAACACGGUGAUACAUUACGCUGUCAUACUCACAUCAUGGAGAAUGGUUUCUGCAUUCGAGCCAACACAGUGGCAGCAUACUGUGAAGCCAACAGACAGAUUACACAACACAGACAGAUUCUUGGGGACGAUCCAUUAAUUCAUCCCACAGCGACCAUCAAGACAAAGAGCCAAGUUGGGCAAGACUCCAUGCUGGGGGAGGGAACCACCGUCUGUGAGAAGGUGUCCAUCAAGAGAUCCAUCAUAGGCAAACAUUGUACGGUUGGGGACAAAGUGAAGAUCAUCAAUUCCGUCAUAAUGGAUCAUGUCAACAUCAGUGAGGGGUGUACCAUUCAGGGAAGCAUAGUGUGCGGCAACACACACAUUGGGGAAGGAGUGGAAAUGAAGGAUUGUUUAGUUGGAAGUUCCCAGAAUGUACCGCCUAGAGCUAAAUAUAGCAGUGAAGUCAUUGGCAAUGCAGACAGGAUGAUGGAGAUAUGAUGUUGUGAGGGUCAGGGGUCAACACAUCAGGUCAGAGGUGAUUGAUGUGACCCAACAUCUAUUUAUAACCAGGAACUACAUUGUAUACGAAGGGAAAGUGAUACAGACUUGCCAAAUGCAACGGGGAGGCCCCUCUCUCAGUUUGACCUACUGACAUUGUGGGGAAGAAGGUGCUACUGAGAAAGAGCAGAGUAUUGGUCUGAUAUUAAGUGUUGUCCAGUAACGUAACAUUCUGGCUGUCCAGUUCUUGAGAAGAAACAUGACAUGUGGACACAUUGUUGCUUCCAACUCUAAUGCUGGAUUAAUUACUGUACAAUGACAUAUACAGCGCACCUACUUCUUCCAUUGGUGCCUUGGUGAUCCUUUGGUACCUUUACUUAAGUAUUCCAAGAACAAGGUGAGCAAUGUAUAAACUGAAAACAUAUUAUGAAUGUUCAUUAAGAUGGAAUAGGGUUGGGAUCAUGUAAUUCAAUAUUGGGUUUUGCCUUUCACCAACGUAUUUCUAUUAUAAACACUGUAUACUCAAUGUUACCCUCGAUUGAUUGUGAGAAAAAUGUGAAUUUACACCGUUCCGACGCAAACCCCAUUGUAUAAAUGAUUUGGUUGCGGUACCCGCUGCUAUAUCAGAUAGCAUCUUUUAGCCAGCCGACCCAGGCAAGCUCGAUGGUCGAGUGGUAAGACGUCUGCACUAGUAUCAGGAGGUCAUGGGUUCGAGUCCCACCAGAGUGAUUUUUUUCUCACAAUCACUUGGGCAACAUUGAGUAUACAUUGUUUAUAAAAAUAAUCCCUCCCCCUCCCUGAAGUAUUUCUCGUUAUGCUUAUACAUGUAAUGGGUUAUGUUGCACUGACAUAAACCAUCAUUCUGGGUAAACCAUUAUUCUUUUGGCAGCUGUUAAGUUUUUAAUCAUUUAUCUCUAAAUUCAUGAAGAAUCAGUGCGUGAGGUGUUAUAAAAGUAAUAUUGACUGCUUGGAAAACAGAGCGCUCCAUGGAUCACCUAGUGUGUAUAUUUUUAUUCUACCUCAUCCAAAAAUUAUUCACACCUCUUACAGUCCUUACAGCAUAUUUGCUUUGCAUUUUUGCAGAGGUUUACAAGCUCAUUAAUUCAAAUCAGAAGCAAUGUACUUUCUUUGAAUCACAAUUUGACAGAUAUUUUUUUUUUUAGGAUGAGACUUGAUCAUAAGUUAUGAGGAAUGGGGACAGCCAUGCGGUUGCGAAGGCCUAAGCGUCCCCGUUGUUAAACAGAGUUAAUCUGAUUACGUACUUGGACGCUAUAUUAGAGCAGUGAAAUUACCCCCUAAAAUAUGGCUUUUUGAACGUUGUGUUUCUCAGAAAAUAUGCUAAGUAUGAUUGAAAUGUUAAAUUAUAACAGAAGAAGAAAUUCUAAACUUCAUGUCAGUGAACAAAUCAAUACUGGUUACUGGUAAAGCUGACCUUAAAGUUGGGAAGAAAUUGUUUGAAAACGCCCCCAAAUCUACGUAUUUAUCUCGAUUUCUAGGAAUUCCCUCAAGUUGUCAAUUUAUGAGUAGUUGAACACUUAUGUCAUCUAAAUAUAUUCCGAAUUUCAACUUAAUCUGUUGUUGCAAACACUUGUGUUACACCUUGAACUAUCUCCAAGGAAAAGUUUGACGAGGAUUUUUUUACCAACCAAACUCACGUGCAUGGUUUCCAGGUUGGCCGAUUUUGGAGCAACAAUGCUGACGAAGCGCAUAUUAGCAUAUUCAUUAGCGUGACUUCGCGUUGGUCUCGGUAUCGACCAAUGGAAUUAGCUGGCAAAAAGGGUGAUAUUUAUUAAUUAAUAACUCUUGAAGGAGGCGAUACUGCAAAUAGUUACUGCACGCCAAUGAAUAGGAAACUUGUUAAUAUUCAUGAGUCUUAAAAAGAUUGACAGAUAUUGCAAACACCAGUGUUACAACUUUAAAAAACAAUGCAUGUAACCAGCCCUUUUUUCCAAUUUAAACGAAACGUACUGAGCAUAUCAAAACGAUUUUUAGCACAUAGUUGGAUCUUAUAAGGGAAACAAACCCUGGAAGAUGCAUGAAGACACGGUCUUCCAAACGGGAGCGCGAACAUCCACAUGUCUGUGUGCAUGUUGUUUCAUUCAAAAUAAAGUAUUACGUAACCUGUAGAAAUCGGCCUUCGCAACCAUAUGGCUGAGGAGGACAAGAAUCUAUAGGCCACUUUUUGCCUGGGAAAAGCCAUAAUGCCAUCUGCCCAUUUCUAGUACAUAAUUAAAGAAAUACCCGAUGGCCAUGUCAGCAAGAGCACAUGCUUGUCGAAUUUCCAAAUUUCCGAAAUAAGAAUUUAAAAAAAAAAUCCAAUUUGCAAAGCUU